AUCCUCCAACUGUCACUAUAUUAAACAGAACUGAUGUAAUUUUAAUUGAAGGAGAUGCACACAUAAGUGUGUGUGUGGUAGAUUCAAAUCCCGUGGUGGAAGGAAAAUGGGUACAGCCAGAUGGUUCUCUUUCCCUUGGACCAACUCUGGAAAUUAAUAACAUAACACGAACUGACAGUGGUACAUACACGUGUUUUGCGGAAACUGUAUUUUGGGAUGGAUCAACUGCGUCAGACAGUGAUUCUAUGCAUAUUGAGUACAGUGUAAAUGAGGUUACUGAUGAUUACAAAUACUUACUUCUCAAAGAGUUGGACUUACUUAAAUCAAUCUCAUCCCAUGCACACAUUGUGACGUUAAUUGGAUGUUGUACACAGACGUGUGUUCAUCGAGACUUGGCUGCUCGCAAUGUACUACUAAAUGAAAAGCUUGUAUGUAAACUAUCUGGAUUUGAAUUGGCAACUACUGUUCUUGAUCAACGAGAAUUCGAGAAAAGAACGCAGGGACGCUUACCUGUACGCUGGAUGGUGCCAGAGUCUAUAUUAUAUGGCAUUUAUUCCACUAAGAGUGAUGUGUGGUCAUAUGGUGUCGUUUUGUUGGAAAUUGCAACACUGGGUGAUGUACCAUAUACCGAUAUGUCAACACAGGAAGUUAUCGAGUUUGUGCUGGAAGGAUAUCGCAUGAAAAGACCAGAUAAAUGUCGCCUAGACAUAUAUUCCAAAAUGGAGGAUUGUUGGGUUGAAAAUCCAGAAAGAAGACCAUCUUUUCAACAGUUGACAGAGUAUUUCCAAGCCAUGGAUGAUGAUAGGGUGUCGGUUAUUCCACAUGUAUACGAACAGCUGAGGAUAUAA